GGAUUUGGUCAUAGCUUUAGGGUUGCAUGCAAACGGAGCUGGAGGAAAAGCGAGAGGGGACCAAUUAAUUAGAUUUACAAUUCAUCGGUCUGAAGUGCAACAGUCUGUUUUCCUGCACUGGAUGGGAGUGAUCCUCCCACCUAGUGCCCCACCUGCAUUGUGUCCCUCUCUCUCCUGAUUCUCUAGUAGAGACAUUGUCACCCCAUAGUCUGGCAGCCUGGCUGCUCACCUACAUGUAUAUCAAUGAAGACCCCAUUUGGGAAGACGCCAGGCCAGCGCCCCAGAGCUGAUGGAGGGAAUACUGGGGUAUCUGCAAAUCUGAUCAAGAAGAAAAAUUCCCACAAGAAGCAGAAGAAUAAUGUUGGUCCAAGCAAGCCUAUUGCCCAACCCAGACGAAACAUAGUGGGUUGCAGGAUAACUCACCAGUGGAAGGAAGACACCAAGCUGUCCCAGUGGAAUGGAACAGUUCUCGACCAAGUCCCUGUCAACCCCUCUCUCUACCUGAUCAAGUAUGAUGGUUUUGACUGCAUCUAUGGACUUGAGCUUCACAAAGAUGAGAGGGUGCAAGGCCUGGAGGUUUUACCAGACCGAGUUGCUCCAGCUCGCGUCAGUGAUGCCCAGCUAGCAGAAACCAUGAUAGGCAAAGCAGUGGAGCACAUGUUUGAGCAAGAUGAAGGACCAAAGGAGGAGUGGAGGGGCAUGGUGCUAGCACGGGCUCCCAUUAUGAACACAUGGUUCUACAUCACUUACGAAAAGGACCCUGUUUUGUACAUGUACCAGCUCUUGGAUGACUACAAAGAGGGGGAUCUCCGGAUAAUGCCUGAUUCAAAUGACUCGACCCCAACAGAGAGAGAGCCUGGAGAAGUGGUGGAUAGUCUUGUUGGCAAACAAGUGGAAUAUGCCAAAGAGGAUGGCGGCAAAAGGACUGGCAUGGUUAUCCAUCAGGUUGAUGCCAAACCGUCUGUGUAUUUCAUCAAGUUUGAUGACGACUUUCACAUCUACGUCUACGAUUUAGUAAAAACGUCUUAGGGCAUUGAGAAAAUGAUUGAUUCACAGACCAUGGCAAAUGUUCUCAGGAUUUCUUUGAGACAUCAAUCAGUUAAAUGGACAAUUCCUUCACAGGCUGCGAAUGUGAAACUUGUCGUUUCCUGUGUCACUGCUUCCAAUGCGAAAGCUUUUAGUGUACUUUGUUUGAAGUCCACUUUGAUUCUAAAAGAAGAGACCUCUGCAGAAUUCACCAUGUCUGAACACUGUUCAAUUGGGCCAGACACCAGGAGACAAAUCAACGUUUUUCUUAACGUGAAAGAAAAGUGAGAAUUUUGUGUAUUUCUACUUGUCUAUGAUGCUGUAAAUGUAUUCUUGUGAGGUUAUCUCGUAACAUGUUUCCACCACUUUUGUUAACUUGUGGGUUUAACAUCCUCGGAAUUGAGCAUGCAUCAGUCCAACAGCUGUGGUCCUUUGUAGCUCAGUUGGUAGAGCACGGAGCUUGUAAAGCCAGGGUAGUGGGUUCGAUUCCCCCACCCAUA